UCUGCAACAUUUUCAGUUACGCGGUGGUGCCAACGUGCCACUCAGCCACCCCGUCCAUGCGUCUCUUGUUCCGCUCAUCUUCUUCGUCCCCGCCGAUUUCUUCUUCUUCUUUCUUCUUCUUCUUUUUCUGCUUGUCCUCUUCUCCAUAUGUGAACUCUCGAGGGCCCUCCUCGCAAGCGUUUUUGUGGUACUCCUCCUGUCUGUAACUCGACCGUGGCCGUCUCAGUUUAGCGCUUCCGCUCUGUUUGGACUCCGUCGGAGCUCGAUUUCGGACGGCGUGCAUUGCUACGUUUUCUCAUGCAGUCGGGUCAAAGUUCUGUGCUUUGCUCUGGGAUCCAUGCCCACUUGUACACUCGACUGAGGAUGAGUUUCUGAUCGAACUUCUACUGAUUUACCCGUGGAAGAAUAAAACUGCCCAAGACUCGAUACUGUGUUUUCUUUCCCAAGGAAGUACAGGAGGAGAUUGAGACCUAGGAAAUUCCUCCAUGGCGCUGCUGGAUCUCUUCGUCGUUGCGCUAAUGCCGGUUUUGAAGGUCCUUCUGAUUACUGCUCUCGGUUCUCUCCUUGCAAUCGCGCAAGUAGAUAUACUGGGGGAAGAAGCACGAAAGCAUUUGAAUAAUAUCGUGUUUUUUGUCUUCAAUCCCGCGCUUGUGUUCAGCUACCUGGCCAAAUCUAUAACAUACGAAAGCAUGGCUUCAUUGUGGUUCAUGCCAUGCAACGUUCUUCUUACCUUCAUUCUUGGCUCAGCACUUGGAUGGAUGCUCAUAAGAUUUAGUAGGGCUCCUGACCAUCUGCAAGGCCUUGUCUUGGGAUGCUGUGCAGCAGGCAAUCUGGGGAACAUGCCGCUGAUUAUCAUUCCAGCAGUUUGCCGAGAAAAAGGCAGUCCAUUUGGUGAUCCUGAAAGCUGUAAUACACAUGGAAUGGCCUAUGCUUCUCUAUCUAUGGCCAUUGGAGCCAUAUACAUGUCGUCAUAUGUAUACAACAUAAUGCGCCUAUUUUCAAGUAGGAACUGUCAGGGAUCUGAACCUGAUGUUUCCAUGCCCUGCAUUCACUCUGCUGGAGAAAACAGAAACCUAUCGAAAAUUCAAAGGUCGGAACUUCUUCCUCUACAACAGUUCUCGUCUGUGGAAGAUCACGUUGACGUUGAUGUGUCAACAUUUGAGCGAACGAGAAAGGUCCACGUUCCAGCCAAGGUAAAGACAUUUCUGAGAAUGGUACAGACAAACAUCAACCCAAGAACGCUAUUUGCACCUUCAACUAUUGGAGCGAUUGGAGGUUUCAUAAUUGGCACUACGCCUCCACUCCGAAAAGCAAUUAUAGGUGAUAGUGCUCCUCUUCAUGUGGUUCAGGAUUCGGCAUCUCUUUUGGGGGAUGCAGCCAUUCCAACUGUCACAUUGUUACUGGGAGCUAAUCUUCUCAGAGGUCUCAAAGGAUCAAGUAUACAUCUGCCAGUCGUCAUUGGGAUCUUAGCAGUUCGGUACAUUGCCUUGCCAUUGCUGGGCAUGGUGAUUGUUCGAGGGGCAGUUUAUUUGGGUUUGGUGCAAUCAGAUCCCUUGUAUCAGUUUGUUCUUCUGCUUCAGUUUGCGCUGCCUCCAGCCAUGAAUAUAGGAACAAUGACCCAAUUAUUCAGAGCUGGUGAGGCCGAAUGCUCUGUCAUUCUGCUGUGGACUUAUGUUUUGGCAGCAGUUUCAUUGACACUAUGGUCGGCAUUCUUCAUGUCGCUUGUGUCGUAAGAACAUUCUUUUAUUUGGCCUAUAUUUUGUCAUGUACAAUGAUGCUUUCCAAGUAAGAGAACAAUGGUAAGAAGAAAGGUGACCUUACACAUGAUCAAGAUCAAACCAAGAAUUCCCUCGUUCUGCAGUAACCGAGGACCCUCAAUUCUCAGCCGGACACAGCGUAAGUAUUGUCAUCCGAGGUCGGAUUCUCUCUCGGUUUUUGCAUGGUUUUGCUAGAAUGAAGUCGAUGAAUUUCCAAGAACUGGUUUCCCAUCUUGAGAU